GACCCGGAAGAUAGCCGAAGGUCGUUCAAAGUCCCCGCGGCUGGCGGUGCACUUACGCUGCAUUUCAGUCGCUGGUGUUGGAGACCCGUCUUUCUCGAGCUUCAAUUAUCCAAACAGGAGUCUUGCCAGCUCAACCAGGACUUGUUUCAAGCCACACCCGGCCGUUCGAAAUGACGGAACCAGAGAAGACGAGUAACCCUAUAUCAAUCCCAUACAAGAACAACAACACACUUCUCGAUGACCACCCGCUGCACGAACAUGUCCUCGACACGCCUACUCUGGGCCCAACGACGCCGGGUUCGCCCGGGCCGAAGAGCUUCCGCCACUCGCGCAACCCGUCGUUUUCAGGGAGCAGCUCAUAUCAGGAGGACUGGGACCCGUUCCCGCCCCUGGACCGGUUGACGGUGCUCGACAUACUGGAUAAUUUCGCUCUGUCGACUCAGCUCGAGAAGCUGCAGAAGGGAAUCUCGGCCCAGACGGAGAAGGUGCGCAAGUCGCGCGAGGCCCUCGGCAACAAGAGCCGCAUUGCUCGCGAGCGCAUGGUGGACGAGUGGCGCCGCCGCGUGCCGUCGGCCGAGGAGCAGCUGGACCGCUACCGCAAGCGAAUGCGCACCAGCGUCGAGAAGUUGGGCGCCCGCUGGAACGACACCAAGGUCAUCACGUUGCGCGAGAAGAUCUCCUUCAUCUGCGGCGUCAUGAAUAUCUUUGUGAGCGGCUACCUGAUCGGCGGCUACCCGGAGUGGUUCCACCUAUGGUACACGAUGCAGGUUCUCUACUUCAUGCCCAUCCGCUUCUACACCUACCACCGCCGCGGCUACCACUACUUCCUUGCCGACCUCUGCUACUUUGUCAACUUCCUCCUCAUGCUCAGCAUCUGGGUCUUCCCCUCGUCCAAGCGCCUCUUCACCGCCGUCUACUGCCUCGCCUUUGGCAACAACGCCGUCGCCAUCAUCAUGUGGCGCAACUCACUCGUCUUCCACUCUUUCGACAAGGUCACCUCUCUAUUCAUCCACAUCAUGCCGUGCGCGACGCUGCACUGCAUCGUCCACCUCCUCGACCCGGACUACCAGGCCGCCCGCUUCCCCGCUAUCUGGACCAUCAAGACGUCAUCCCCGGGCUCCGCAACCGCCUACGCCAACGUCCUCUCCAUGCUCGCCUGGUCCACCAUCCCCUACGCCAUCUGGCAGCUCAGCUACUACUUCUUCAUUACAGUCCGCCGCCGCGAGAAGAUCGCCGCGGGCCGCCCGACGUCUUUCACCUGGCUGCGCCGGUCGUACAGCAAGGUCUGGAUCGGCAAGUUUGUGCUCUCCCUGCCGGAGCCGCUGCAGGAGCCCGCCUUCAUGAUGAUCCAGUACGCGUACGCCGUACUCACCAUGCUGCCCUGCCCGCUAUGGUUCUACAGCCGCUGGGCUUCGGCCCUCUUCAUGCUUGUCGUGUUCGGGUGGUCUGUGUACAACGGGAGCACCUACUACAUCGACGUGUUUGGGAAGCGGUUCCAGAAGGAGCUCGAGGCCAUGAAGGCCGAGGUCGCCAAGUGGCAGCACAGCCCGGAUGUGUGGCCGCAGGAGGGCGCCAUGACGCCCGGCGUGGCGGAUGUCUCCGCCGGGACGACGCCGGGAGUCGGGGAUGCCAUCUCGGGGAAACCGUCGGAUGAUGGGUUUUUUGCUGGUGGCGCCCGGGGCGGCGUGGAUAAUAUCCCGCUGUUGAAUGAUGAGCGGCCGGCGGCGGUCAUUACAACAGGCGCAGAUAUGGAUGGGGGCGCGAGGGAUGUGGCUAGGGAGAGGAAGGCUGGAAGCGGGGAGUCUAUAAUGUGAUUGUUGCUGUUGUCUGCUGGGGGAGUGAUAUCCUGAGUUUCCUGCUCUGGUCAUGUUGGGUAUAAUGAGUGAUUCUGGGACAACUUGAUAUUCCUGGUUUGGCGGCGCUGGAUGCUAGAGGCCAUGAUCAGGGGGUGUGUUUCG